CUUCAACAAGGGGGCUCGGUACUGUGAAGCUUAAGAGGAUUCAGAGAUGGCCAGUGAACAGGCAGUGCUGCGUAGAUUGAGUAACCAGGAGAACGAAUCACCAUGCGCUCACCAAAAGCCGAAGGAUCAAAGCCUUGAGAAGCUGUUGGUAGCUCAGAUUGCCCUAACCCGGGAGGCAGAGGCAGAACAAGAGAGAUUAGAACAUGGUCUCUUGUUGAAAGAACAACAGAUGUGUGAGCUUCAAGCCAGCUUGAAGAAUGCUAACCAGUUCAAUAAGCAAUUGUCGAAGAAGAUCAGAAGCGAAACAGAUACUUUCGAGCAGGAACUAAUCAAGUGGCAGCAGGCUGAAAAGACAUGGAAACAGCGUCUAAGGGCUUCAGACCAUCAGAUCUUGGAGCUUGAGGAGACCUUGAGGUAUAAAGAAGAGAUUAUCUCGUCGCUUGAUGGGCAGUUGGAAAGAGCACUUGCCGAGUUAUCUGAAAAGAACAAAGAACUGGAGCUGUCUACUCAAAAUGUCAACAUGACAUUCUCCGAUUCGGAGGACGGAGAGGAUCAACUGCUGGAUGAUUCAUCAGAGUCUGAGGCUUUCAACUCAGAUGCAGAUGAAUUGUUCAAUUUCCUGGAUGGCGUUGAAGAAGAUCACGAGGAAGAGGAGGACUUAGAUCACCGCGAAGUCCCAAGGUCUUCCCUCACGUCUGAAUUGAAUUCACAGUUAAAUGAAAAGGACAAGACCAUUCAAAAACUCCAGUUUGAGAUUCGUUCCUUAAAGAACGAAAAGAGCCAGCUUUACACCUAUGUCAACAAAUUGCUCCGCAACAAGCCACAUCCAGGACAGAAUGACGUCUUAAAGGAUAAACUCGUAAAGAGAAAGAUAUUGAGAAGUGCAUCUUCAACGUAUCAGCCACACACAAGAAAUAAGCCAAUCACCAGUGGGCUCAUCGGUAAGAGAAUAGUGUCAAAUAUUGUGACUUUCAAGAGCUACACCUACAAAAGACCUGCAUUGGAAGUUCAUAACAACAGUGAUGAUGAGGAAGAAGAGGAAGAGGCAAUCGAAUUGGAGAGGAGAUUGCUACAGCUCACUAAGAUGAAACCUUUUGCCUGGAAGACAGUCAACAGUAUGAGCCCACUACAGUCAAUCUUAUACACGGUUAAGCACACUGGGAAAGAUAUUGAUCUCGAUGUUGACUGAGAUGAGUUGGCGUGUAUAACAGUUGUAUAGCUAAUAUUACGUAAUCACAAAACACCACUUU